CGACAUUCGCAUUUCGCAGUUCGGAAUCGGAUUUCGGAAGGUCGUCUGCACUCUGCAGGACUGCAAAUCGAGAGUUUCUCGUUGUUUUACUGGGCAGACGUCGUCGAUCAGAGCUCAAGAAUCUUAAUUGAAAUUUCAAGAAUCAAGGUCAUUUCCCACAGUAGUUGAAGACUGCUUCCAAUUUAUCUUUCGUAUAGCUGGGAUUAUUUAUAUUUUUCCAUCCAACUAGCAGCUAUCUGGUCUUAAUCUUUUCGCUGUCCAUUAAUUAUCUCUCCUGCUGUUAAGGGGUAAACUAUUUGUUCUCCAGCGGAUGGCCAACAAGCUCUGCGCCAUGAAAAUCACACUGCCCAUCACUAGUGUCGUAUGUCUUUUCCUCAUGAGUUUCGACGCCGGCAGAAAUUGUCUUCCGAUUAAAAGAUGGGAUACCUGCUGGGAGAUCGCCAUCUCUUGCGGAAUCGAUCUAGAUGCUCUGUACAAAAUCAAUCCGUCCUUGAUUGGCGGCCAAGCUUGCGAUAAUCUGAGGAUUGGAGACGCUAUUGGCUGUCAAGCAGCAAGAAACGCCAUCGAAGAGAAUUGGAACACCGGCGACGGCAACGUCAAAUGGCAAUUCAAUUGCGAUUAUUACGGGCACGAUUUGGAGCUGUUGCCGAGUUCCGGCGAAAAUUGCGGAGGCCUCUGUGUUGCCCACCCCAAAUGCACCCAUUUUCGUUACACCGACGAUGGCUACUGUUACUUGAAGACAUUACCGCUAACAAGUCGUCGUACCCCCGCCAAAGGUGGCGUGUGCGGCUAUCUUCCGUUUAAAUUCGAAUCACCGCCUCGGGACGUUUGGAAUUCCGGAGAGGGUGGUGUCAAGUGGCUUCUCAACUGCGAUUUCUUCGGCAACGACAUCGGGCGAAUCUAGGCUACCGGAGAGCAAUGCGGCGGCCUGUGCGUUGCCAAUCCUGAAUGCAACCACUUCCGCCACAGCGAUGGGACCUGUUACCUUAAAAAAACCUCGUUGAAUACUCCUCGUACACCCAUCAACGGUGGCGUGUGUGGUUACCUACCUUUCAGGGAUUUCGAUUCUUGUCCGGCAGUUGGCGGAUUAGAGUCGAAAUGCCGGCCGGUCAAAGACUGCGCUGUCUGGUACGAUCUCGUUUUAACCACUCCCAGCGCGGGCUGCGCCUUAGCCGAUGGCGGUCCGGGAGCUUGCUGUCCAGAUCUUCCUGCAAACAGUUACGGAGCACCUCCUCUGCAAGAAAACGAGAAGAAAGCCAAGCAAUAUAAUCUCGUAUUUAAUUCGCCUAAGCAACAGCAGCAGUACAACAGCAUUAACAACUCUAUGAACUCGGCGGCUGAGGCCGGUAAACUGCAGAUGAAGGUCACCGACACGAUAGAGACUCAACUUUUCGUGAAAAAUUUUUUCGUUUUGCCCGGCUCGUCUCGUGCUACACACGCACUGGUCUUCACCAGCACAGCGGAGUCAGAGAAAAUGAGUCGUGACGCAAUGAUGGAAUCUUACACCGUCACUGAGAUUGUUAAAAGAUUUAACAUUAAGCCGGAAGAUGUUCAGAGGACCAUGAAACAAUUCAACUUAAAGGACACGAUUUUGUCGGGAAUGUGCACCGCCGAUCCUGUUUGUGAUAAAAAAACAAUCCGUUCCCCUUACAGAACGCUGGAUGGAUCGUGCAACAACAUCCAGCGACCUUCCUGGGGAAAAUCGCUCACACAAUUCCAACGGGCUCUUCCUUCUGCUUACGCUGACGGUGUACGGACUCCCAGACGAGCUAAAAAUGGCGGCGAACUUCCCAGCGCUCGAUUGGUGUCAACAACCGUCGCCGUCGAUAUUGACUCUCCCAGCCAAAGUGACACGACCUGGGUCAUGCAGUACGGGCAGUUCAUCGAUCACGAUUUCACGAGAACUCCCGAAUUCAAAAUGGCCAAUGGAAGCACUAUUCCGUGCUGUAUGCCGGAUGGGAAAUUUAUUGAGAAAAAGCUUGUCCAUCCCGAGUGUUUUCCGAUUGAGAUUCCGGAGAACGAUUCUUUUUUCUCGAAGUUUGGCCAACGUUGUAUGCCAUUGGUCCGUUCGGCACCGAUUCGCAGGUCAGAUUGCACCUUCGGCGCUUCCGAACAGAUGAACCAAUUGACGCACUUUCUGGACAACUCGAACGUCUACGGUUCCGACGACAAAACAGCGCGGGAAUUACGAACGUUUAAAAAAGGCGGCAUGAAAGUCACUCCCAGGAAUGAAUUAGAUUUACUCCCAGCCGACGAGGAGUCUAAGGUGUCGUGUACCUUGUCCAAAACAGUGUCCGGAAUCGAUCCACCCACCGAUGUCAAGUGCUUCAAAACAGGUGAUACAUCUCGAGUGAACGAGCACCCCAAUUUAGCUGUGACCCAUACGAUUUUCUUGCGUGAACACAACCGACUGGCGGCUGAACUGGCCCGUUUGAAUCCCGGAUGGGACGAGGGGCGUCUCUACCAGGAGGCCAGACGAAUUCUGGCCGCCCAAAUGCAGCACAUCACAUUCAACGAAUGGCUGCCCGUCAUUAUCGGUCGAGUGAAAAUGCAGGAACUCGGUCUGCUGCCACUGCAACAAGGUUCCAGUCAAGAUUACGACAAGAACCUCAAUCCGUCCGUUUUGAACGAAUUUGCUGCAGCCGCUUUCCGGUUCGGCCACACCCUCAUCCAAGGGAAACAUCAUUUGACUAAUCAGCGGGGGACCAAGGAUCGAGAAAUCCUGUUACGUCAACACUUUUUCAAAAUGCAGGAAAUAUACACGCCGGGCAAUUUCGACAAGUUUCUCAUUGGAUUGGCCAGUCAGCCCAGUCAAAAUGCGGAAAACUAUUUCACCCAGGAGGUGACAAAUCAUUUGUUUGAAGAGCAAGGCAAGGGUUUUGGCUUGGAUUUGGUUUCACUUAACCUCCAACGCGGUCGUGAUCAUGGUAUUCCCGGCUAUAACGCCUAUCGGACCCAAUGUGGUUUGCCACCUGCCGGCCAAUUCAGCGACCUUCUCAAUUUGAUUUCCCCUGCGAUUUUGGAUAAAUUUGCGAAAUUGUACGAUACGGUUGACGACAUCGACCUGUUCAUCGGGGCCAUGUCAGAGCGAUUGGCUCCAGGUGCCUUGGUGGGACCCACUUUUCAGUGCAUCAUAGCCGAUCAGUUUCUGAAACUGAAACGGGGCGACCGCUUCUUCUACGAUCUCGCUGGACAGCCCAGCAGCUUCACCAAAGGUAUGAAAACAAUGAAAACUUUUAAAUUCUGA